GAUCGUAUACAAUUUGCACGGGAACGUUCUCUCUCUCUCUCUCUCACACUCUAGACAUCUGUAACGCUAAUAUUUCCCACACACUGUUGCACACAGAUAUACAUAAUUUAGCGUGUGUUGUAUCUCUUGCGAUCGCUACUCCCAUUGUGGCAGUUGAUGAAAAGAGAGGAAUAUUUUCGCUUGUCUGUGUGUUGGGUCAAGGAUUGAUUUGAAUUGGGUUCUGCAGGAACUCUGGUGAAUUAGAGAACUUAUUUUAUUAGUCGAAACCACACACAGAAUAGUCCGAUGGGGAGAAAGAAGCCGACUGCCCGUGAUGAGGAGACCGCCCCUGCAGGCGGUGGUGGUGGAGGUAAGUCCAAGAAGAAGGGGUUUGUGAUUGCUGAUGAUGAGUAUUCUAUUGGAACUGAAUUAUCAGAGGAUGCUGUUGUUCCGGAAGAGAAGGUGGCACCUGUUGGGAAUAAAAAGAAGGGCAAGAAGGGGGGUUCUAAGAAAAUGGAGCAGAAGGAUGAGGAUGAAGAAAUGGGGGAUAAAGAGGUUGGGGCAGAGGAGGAGGAUGAUGAUGAUGCUCUGGAGAUAAAAUUUGCUGGUAAAAAGAAGCCAAAGGGGAAAAAGAGUGGAAGUAAUAGUGUGUUCAGUUCUUCGAAUUUUGGGUUAUUGGGAGAAGACGAUGAAGAAGAUGAUAAUGAUAGGAAGGAUGAUGAUGAGGAUGAUGAAGAACAAGAAGUUCCAGUUGCAUUUUCUGGGAAGAAGAAGCCUUCAAAGAGUAAGAAAAGUGGCAGCACUUUUUCUUCUGCUUUUGAGUUGCUUGAUGGAGAGGAAGAGAGUAAAGACAAAGAUGACAGUUCUAAAGAGGAAGAAGAGGAUCUUGGAAUUGCUUUUACAGGUAAAAAGAAGAAGAAGUCAUCAAAGGGUUUGAAGAAGGCAUCUGGAAAUUCAUUUAGUGCUGCUCUGCUUGAUGAAGAAAAUGAUGAGGAUGCUUCUGUUUCAAAAGUUGGUGAUGAUUUAGCAGAAGUUGGUGGUGAUGAUCAGGAGGAAGACAUCCUAGAAGUUAAAUUUACAGGUAAAAAGAAGUCAUCUAAAAAGAAGAAUGUUAAUGCUGCUACUGCCCCAGGAGUUGAGAGUAUUGAAACUACUACGGAUUUUGCCAAACCGGAUGAUCAUACUGAAGAUUCUAAAACUACAAAGACAAGUGAAGACGUGGCAGAUACUUCAAAGAAUAAAAAGAAGAAAAAGAAGGGUGGAAAAGCUGGUCAAGAAGAAGACGACCUUGACAAAAUUCUAGCUGAACUUGGUGGAGCACCUACUGUGUCAAAUGUUGCAGCUUCGGUUGUAUCACCUCCUGUGGAAAAGGUGCAGAACCAGCCUGAGCCCGAAGAGGCUGCUGGUGACAAGGAAGCUGAAGAUGAAGGACCUGUUGAGUCGGUAGCUUCAAAGAAGAAGAAAAAGAAGAAGGAAAAGGAAAAAGAGAAAAAGGCAGCUGCAGCUGCCCCUGCAGUGGAAGAAAAACAGGAAGAAAUCAAAAGUGAGACAAAUAAUAAAGCACCGGGCAAGAAAGUUCCGAAGCAUGUCAGGGAGAUGCAAGAGAAACUUGCCAGACUUAAGGAAGCUGAGGAGAAGAAAAAGCGGGAAGAGGAGGAGAGGUUAAGGAAAGAAGAGGAGGAAAGACGCAGGCAGGAAGAACUGGAAAGGUUAGCAGAAGAAAAGAAGCGGUUAAAGAAGGAAAGGGAGAAGGAGAAGCUUCUGAAGAAAAAGCAAGAGGGGAAGCUUCUCACAGGGAAGCAGAAGGAAGAAGCUCGUAGGUUGGAGGCAAUGAGGAAGCAAAUAUUAGCUAAUGCUGCAGCCUUGCAGUUACCAACUGGAGAAUCUACAGGAGCACCUGCCAAACGACCUCUGUAUCAGAAGAAAAAGUCAAAGCCACAACCGCAGUCUAAUGGAGCAGCCACUUCAGACAAUGUUGAGAGCACAAGUUCAAAAGAAAUCCAGCAAGAAAUUGCCUCUGAGGUGGAUUCGGUGGAAGCCAAGAAUGUUGAGGAAGUGGAGUCCUCGAGUGCACAGGAUAAAACUGAGGUUACUGAUUCAGUUGAAGAGAAUGGAGUCAAUGAAGAACAAGAAGAAGAAGAAGAUGAUGAUGAUGAAGAGUGGGAUGCUAAAAGUUGGGAUGAUGCUGAUUUGAAAUUGCCAGGUAAAAGUGCAUUUGCAGAUGAAGAAGCUGACUCAGAGCCUGAACCUUUGCUUAAGAAGGAGGGAAAGAAUGCAAGGACUGCAACUCAAGAUGUUGUGUUACCUUCUGUUGCAACCAAGCCAGCUGGUUCAACCGAGAAAGUUGCCCCUGUAAUGCCACUUACAUCUGAAAAUGUGGAAGUUAAAAAGAAAAGCUCUGAGGUCGAGGGUGCUGAUAAUAAAAAUAACAAGGUUCCUGUUAAUCAAGACAAGAAAAAUAAAAGAGAAACUGUUAAUCCUCCUGUCCAGAAUGGACAAAAUCUCAGGUCCCCUAUAUGUUGUAUUAUGGGCCACGUUGAUACUGGUAAAACAAAGUUGCUUGACUGUAUAAGAGGUACUAAUGUCCAAGAAGGAGAGGCUGGUGGAAUCACACAGCAGAUUGGAGCAACCUAUUUCCCUGCUGAGAAUAUACGUGAGAGAACUAAGGAACUUAAAGCUGAUGCAAAGCUGAAUGUCCCAGGUCUUUUAGUGAUUGAUACCCCUGGACACGAAUCUUUUACUAAUUUGCGUUCUCGAGGAUCAGGGUUAUGUGACAUUGCAAUUUUGGUCGUUGAUAUAAUGCAUGGGUUGGAACCGCAGACCAUUGAAUCACUCAAUCUUUUGAAGAUGAGAAAUACUGAAUUCAUUGUUGCCUUGAACAAAGUGGACAGACUGUAUGGGUGGAAAACAUGCCGCAAUGCACCAAUAACAAAGGCAAUGAAGCAACAGUCAAAAGACGUCCAAAUUGAAUUUAACAUGAGGCUCACUCAGGUUAUCACACAGUUUAAGGAGCAAGGGCUUAAUACUGAGUUGUAUUACAAGAACAAAGAAAUGGGGGAGACUUUCAGCAUUGUACCCACUAGUGCCAUAAGUGGCGAAGGCAUUCCCGACUUGUUACUACUAUUGGUACAGUGGACUCAGAAGACAAUGGUUAAACGACUUACAUAUAGUGAUGAAGUGCAGUGUACUGUUUUGGAGGUUAAAGUUAUUGAAGGACAUGGGACAACAAUUGAUGUGGUUUUAGUGAACGGUGUGCUUCAUGAAGGAGAUCAAAUAGUUGUUUGUGGCUUGCAGGGGCCUAUAGUUACCACAAUCAGAGCAUUACUAACACCCCAUCCGAUGAAGGAGCUCCGCGUCAAGGGAGCUUAUUUGCAUCAUAAAGAAAUCAAGGCUGCUCAGGGUAUCAAGAUCACGGCACAAGGCCUUGAGCAUGCCAUUGCUGGCACCAGUCUCUAUGUUGUCGGGCCUCAUGAUGAUUUGGAAGACAUCAAAGAAGCAGCUAUGGAAGAUAUGAAGUCGGUAAUGAGUAGGAUUGACAAAAGUGGUGAGGGAGUUUAUGUUCAAGCAUCUACUCUGGGGUCAUUAGAAGCGCUGCUAGAGUUCUUGAAGAGUCCUGCUGUUACCAUUCCUGUCAGUGGUAUAAGCAUAGGCCCAGUACACAAAAAGGACGUGAUGAAAGCAAGUGUCAUGCUUGAGAAGAAAAAGGAAUAUGGGACAAUAUUGGCAUUUGAUGUUAAAGUAACGCCAGAGGCUCGGGAACUCGCCGAUGAGCUUGGUGUCAAAAUAUUUAUCGCCGACAUUAUCUACCACCUGUUUGAUCAAUUUAAGGCUUACAUAGAUAACCUUAAGGAGGAAAAGAAGAAAGAAGCUGCUGAUGAAGCAGUUUUUCCCUGUGUCCUCAAGAUCAUACCAAACUGUGUUUUCAAUAAGAAGGACCCCAUUGUCUUGGGCGUUGAUAUCCUCGAAGGCACUGCAAAGGUUGGAACUCCUAUAUGCGUUCCUCAAAGGGAUUUCAUUGAAAUUGGCCGGAUCGCUUCCAUUGAGAAUAAUCACAAGCCUGUGGAUUAUGCCAAGAAGGGCCAGAAGGUAGCAAUUAAGAUAAUUGGCAGUAAUCCUGAGGAGCAGCAGAAAAUGUUUGGCCGGCAUUUUGAGAUUGAGGAUGAGCUUGUGAGCAAAAUCAGUAGAAACUCACUUGACGCACUCAAAGAACACUAUGCGGAUGAUUUGUCCGUUGAGGAGAAGAGACUACUGUUCAAAUUGAAGAAACUCUUCAAGAUACCUUGAAUUCACCGAAAAUGGAGUUCAAUUGACCAAUCGUUGCUUGGCGUUUUGCUGACAGCAUCAGACGACUUUAAUAAAAAAUCGCGAGACACCAUACGAGAAAAACUGAUCCAUUUUCGAGUCAGUCAUUCAAAUCAGAGUUGAAAUUUUGUUUGUGCAAGAAAUCAAGGUCGACGAGGACUCCAUGUGUGAGUCUAUGAUGCUAAAAGCGAUACAGUGGUUGUGCUGUAAGUUUCAAAUGCUGAAAUUUUAACUUUUCAUUUGUAAAACAAAUGAUGUUUGAUGAGAUAUAGUGAAGGGAAAUUAUUUUUACAGCA